UGGGCUACCAUACAAAAUGCCCUCUCCGGCUCCGAGUCCACCAACUGACCCGUCCCAAGUAUCAGACGGCCUUGCAGAUUGGACGAGCCGCCUCCCAAUUCAAGAGGCCACUUUCCAAAAACUCACUAGCUUGCGCUACCUUUUCUACAGUACGCAGUUCAUCCGUUCCGGGGUACCAACUACUGCCUGGAACGCUAUUCUCCUCGGGCAUCGCGAGAGGUCUCUCCAUGAUGCUACAUAUAUGGAAGUUCAGGCUGGCAUAUGUGACCUUUUUGAAUGUUGUGUCUCAACAUACAACGAUUACGGCUUUGGAUUGAUCGAUACGGGGUCAUUCUGGAUGGUGGUUUGGAGUCGCCUGCAGAAACUUCAAGGAUCAGAAACCUAUGACUUUUAUACCCACAGAUAUCUCCCACAUAUCGUGCACUUCUACGCUAAAUCGAGAGAGCUUGGGCAAAGAUACUCAGUGCCGAGCGACUAGGAAGAGACCGUCGACACGAAGUACUUCCUCCAGCGACUAAUAGAUACCUGGAAUAGAAAGACCUUCUUCCAAACGUACUGGGAUCCCCACACAGGCGUCAGUCAUCAGAUAAGAAGACUGGGAUUCGUCACCGACGACGAAUACUGGUAUGCAACUUUAGUGCUGAAUCAAGCGAAUCACAAUUCCACUUCGGAUCCGAGUUUCAAGUCAAACACCAGCUCAAAGAAAUCCCAACAUGAUAAACCAGAGAGCAUCACUUCCUCCGUGAAAAUCACUGUCCAUACAGGCCCCAAAGUCGAUUCUAACUCUGAUGGAAGUUCCAAAUAUAGUAGCCAACCUAACUCCUCUGAGGAGUUCGAAAAUGUAUCUCCUCCUACAUUUGACUCCCUUGAAAGAGAGGAUGAGUAUUUGGAGAUAGACACUUCUACAGAGACAGAUACUUCUUCAGGAGGUAGCAGUUCGCCGGAGUCAAUAAUAUUUCCCUCGAGUACUUUUAAGAACAGAACAAAACGUGAAACGAGCGUCUGGAAAUACGUGAGAGACAUUGCAUACCAGUUUCGGCCGAGGAAAUCAUAGGUUACGCUGGCCAUAGCAUAGCAUGGACAUUACGUCUUACAAUGGCUAGUACGAAUUUGCAUUGCUCAACAGCAGCGAUUGAUUCUAGGUUAGCAGUGUAUAUAGACAGAAUAGCGAUUCAUUGAGUAAAUGCG